AUGUUCUGGGGUGCAUUAUUACUCCUCCUCUCCAGUAAUGCCGUCGCAUCGCGCCAGGACUCGGACUUGAUGUCCUUUGUGACACUCCCCGAGGUCCGCGCCUUGAAAUGGGAAAUCGAACACUACGACCGCGAGCGCAUGGCGCCCGGCUACCUCUUCGUGGCACCCUACGGACAAAUCUCCCCGGAACACCCCACCCAGAAAUACCAGCAAUACCAAGUCGGUCCUUAUAUCUACGAUGACAGUGGUAUGCUGAUUUGGGCCGGCUCCCCCAUGUACGAUAACGAAAACACCUUCGACUUCAAGCCAGUCAACAACAUUGACUCGAACCCGCACCUUUCGUUUAUUGUGGGAUGGGCAUCUGAUCAGUCGAAGAAGGGCCACGGUGCGCUCGUCAGCCACCAUUAUGAAGUGGAGAAAGAGGUCCAGGUGAUCAACGACCUUCACGAUUUCAAUAUGCAUGAGUUCAAUAUUCUGGACGGUGGAAAGACAGCUCUGGCUUGCACUUAUCGCAAUGCGCGCGUCAACAUGGCUGAUUUCGGACGUCCUACUGAGGAGAGUUGGGUCACGGUCGGUGGGUUUGUCGAGCUGGAUGUCGAGACUAGUGAGGUUUUGGUCCAAUGGGACUCUUUGGAUAAGAUCGCCCUCCACGAGUCGAACAUGUUCCACGCUUGGGAUAACCCAGCUGGUGAGCCAGGUUGGGAUUAUGUGCACAUCAACGCCGUCGACAAGAACGCGGCAGGCGACUACCUGAUCUCAUUGAGAUUCACCAACACUUUGUACUUGAUCUCUGGUCAGGAUGGUAGUAUUCUGUGGCGCCUUGGUGGAUUGGAGAGCAACUUCGACCAGGAUUUCACUUUCUCCAAGCAGCACGACGCCAAGUUCGUCUCCUCUAAUGACACCCACCACGUUAUCUCGGUACUGAACAACGCCUCGGACGAGCGCGGAAAUGACGAGAAUACUUCAUCCGGUCUCAUCAUCGAGUUGGACACUGGCGUUACCCCUAUGACAGCACGUGUGAUUCGUCGAAUCAACCGCCCCGACAGCGGCCUCACUCGACUUCGUGGUAGUUUCCGCCCUCUUCCUAAUGGAAACUACUUCGUUGGAUGGAGUGAGCGCGGUUACUCGAGCGAACACGCAUCGAACGGCGAUCUCCUCAUGACCGGUCGCUUUACCUCGGAUCGAUACUCGACAUACCGCGCCUACAAGGGCGAGUUCACCGGUCGCCCGGUCGCGCCUCCAGAUGUGGUCUCUAAUGUAUAUGGCACCGACGACAAGGACACGACUACACUGAUUCACGUUAGCUGGAACGGCGCAACCGACGUCGUGCAGUGGAAGUUCUACGCCCAGUCCUACGAUCGCGGCGACCCGGUGCUCAUUGGGUCGACUAACAAGACCGACUUCGAGACUAUGUACAUUGCCGAUGGCUACAUGGAUUGGGUUUCCGCAGAAGCAAUCGAUGCGGAAGGAAACGUCAUGCACACUUCCAACGUCAUGCGUACUGAGAUCCCAACGAACUGGAAGGCCGCUGGAUGGGGUGGCUCCAGCUCCGGCCCUAGCCCUGAUGACCCAUCUAUCAUUGCUGCCGCCAACGAAGUGACGGAUUCAUCUUCAUCCGGCCUCAGCAGCGACAAAGCCGCCGAGGUCAUCAACGAUGGCACUUCGACCAACUCCACCGGCUCGAUCGGUUCCAGCGACCACUCCGCAGCCCAAUAUGCCGAUGCUAAGGAAGUCGCCAAGGCUGUCUACAAAGCCUACGACAUCAUUCGCGGGCUCGGCAGCCUCCUUGUUUUCCUCCUGGUAUCAGGCGCGCUCGGUGGAGCCGGCUAUGCCCUCUGGCGAUUCUUCAGCCAGCGCCGCAAGCGCAGUUACCAGCACGUCCCCUCCGAGGAAGGACUUCCAACGGAAGAAAUCCGACUCACCUCCACCGGACGGGAGUAA